AUGUCUCAAGCGGAUCCUUCGACCCUUCCCGAGGAAACCAUCCAAUUUGCGCAUCGGAUGUUCGAUGCAGCGCGCAACGGCAACUCAGAGCUUCUGCUUGCGGCUAUAGACGCAGGUCUACCGGCCAAUCUCACAAAUGACAAAGGCAACACCUUACUCAUGCUCGCUGCCUACGCUGGACACGCGACGCUCGCGAGGGAGCUCCUUCAACGUGGGGCCGAUCCCAAUCGAUUGAACGACCUGGGACAGUCCAUCAUCGCCGGGGCUGUGUUCAAGGGACAUACAGAGGUAGUGACAGCUUUGGCAGAACACAACGCCGAUCCUCGAGCUGGGAGACCCAAUGCACUGCAAGCUGCACACAUGUUCAGAAGAUCGGAUUUGUUCAAGUUACUCGGUGGGACCGAUGCAGAUAUAACAGAGGAUGUACCGGUACCCCUUCCACAAUCAAACUAGGAUAAAGUUUCGGUU